AUGUCACAUCUAUUCCCAUCUGAUAGAUCACUACUUUAUCCUCAAUUCGAGACAUACAAAUUACGACCUCUUGAUACCGAAACGGAUUUAGCUGUUUAUCCAUUACCUGGAUCUGGAGCUACUCAAAGUAGAUUUGGAUAUAGUUCCAACCAUUUGAGUUUCAAAGAAGUCCGCUCGAGGAUUUCAUGGGAUCAUUUAAGUGUUGGACAAGGUGCAAGAGGUGUUUAUGUGGAUAAGGAUUGGAAUGUCAUUGGAUUCGUCAUCAAUGAAGACCUUUCUCCUACAUUCACUAAAUUAGCUUCAUUACCUAUACCGAUAUCAUCAACUACGAGUACUCAGCAAAGCGAAUACCCAUCUGUAUUACCUUUGACCCCUAGAACUUGGGGAAUAUCAAGUGGUUCAGGUUCAUUAUAUAUACUUGAAACUACACUACCUCAUGAGUCUACAUUUCAAGGAAGGUUCAUAGCGAGAUAUGAUUUGUCUUCAUUCAACUCUACUUCUUCUGGCGGCCAACCAUCAUCAUCAACCUCACCAUCACCUUCACCAUCACCAUCCCCAUUUCUCUUACGUGCAUCUCAUCAAAUCUCAGAUACUCAAGUGAAGUUAUUAAUUGCAAGAUCAAUCAAACCUGAGCCCAGUGAGAAGGUUAAAGGAAAAGGAAUUGUUCAAGCUCAAUUAACUAAAUUCCAAUUAAUCGAAAUCAAUUUAAACCCUACUUUGAAAAACGAUAUUGGUAUCGAUAUCGAUCAAGGUGAGAUACAGGAUGUGAAUGUUGCUUGGAUAUUACAAAGUGGUGAUUUACCUAUUUAUUGUAAAUGGUCGAAUGACGGAUGGAUGAUAUUAUCUUCUGAACAAUACACAUCGCCUUCAUCUGUCAACGAUGCUGAUCAAGGUGAAGCAGAGAUGGAUGGGGAGAGAAAAGAAAUGACUUCAAAAUCUGGAUUAGGCAAAUCGUCAUUAUCAGUAUCACAAGAACAGAAUGAAAAGAACAAAAUGGACAUCGAAGAUUCAAGUAUAUAUCCAUAUAAAUGGACACAGGAUUCAGACUCGAUUAACAUGAUCAUACCUCUUCCCAGCGGAAUAAAACGUCAAGACCUAAAUAUAACAUUCACUUCAUCGACAUUUUCAAUCAGUCUUGAUUCUUCUGCUAUACCCUCAGACACCAUCUCGACUCAGUUGAACAAGUUCUUAUCGAAAAGUCAAAGAUCAUUUUGGACGACAAUAGAAGUAGAUUCUUCAUCAUGGACAUUUGAUCCUGUUAAAUCACAAGUUGAAAUUGAUUUAACUAAAAUAGAUGAAAAUGUUAGAUGGCCAUCUAUAUUUUCCCCUUCCGAGAAUGAUUUCAAUGAAAGCGAAGAUGAGGAAGAGGAAGAUGAAGAUGAAGAUGAAGUUCCUGAAACGUUAUCUGAAUCAACUUUGGCAGCAGUAAGAGAAAGUUUCAAUAAUAUCAAAACUAGAAAUGAUGAUACUCGAGAUGAGAGGAACGAGCCAACAACGAACCAUUUAGCUAUGCCAGCUCUUUUAAGGGAAGAAAUGGAUUUCGAUUUAGAUGAUGAUGAUGAUGGUCAAGAAUAUGAUCAAGAUGAUUUAGGUGAUGGUCAUAAUGGAGAAGUAUCAAUGUCAAGUGGUUCAAGUAAAGUUGGAAAAGAAGUUUUUAUAGGUUUUAUUAAAGAUGGUAUACCGACUUUCAGUAAAAAUACUACUACAGUCCUCUCAAUUCCCUUAUCUACCUCGUCAGCCUAUUCCUUCGACAAAAGUGAUGAGACUUCGGCAGAAGAGAAGGAAGAAUCACUAGAAGAAGGGAUUAUAAUCAAAUCUGCUGUUGAUGGAUUACUGUUUUCCACUAAAGGUUCACAGGGACAACGAGAUAUAACCAAGAAACCUUGGAAACACAUAUCGACAAAUCCAGCUUUGGCAUUUGUUCUAUCCAGUAAAAGAGAUUUACGAUUCACAAGACAUUUAACUAUUAAUACCAAUACAAAUCCCAACUCGAAUUCUCAAUCUCAUUCACAGGAUGAUGUCUCACCUACAUCACCAUCUUCAACUAAAGGACAGAAAAUAGAUAACAUGGACACUCAGACGACACUGUUAGCUUUCGAUUCUGGGAGUUCAAUAGGUCAGGGAAACUUAUACGUCUACUAUUCACCUCACAGUAAAACUGAAGCUAGACAAGGUGUCAUACCUGUCAGUGGUGGUGAUAAAGGUGCAUUACUAGGUGUAGGUGUAGUAAAGGUAAAGGGAAAAGAGAGGGUGGUAAUACUUUGUGAAAAUGCUUUGGUGGUUCUGAAGGGAGUUAUCUAA